AUGCUGCAUCGAUCAUCAUCAUCACGACGUCGGCGUGCAUCACGCAGCGCUGCAACAUCUCCUCAAACGAGGUCACCACGACCUUCAGCACAGUCAUCAAGGAGAGCAUCAUUGGCCGCCACAGAGUCUGAUGAUGAAAUCGAACCACCACCUCAAAGAAGCCCACGAGCUAGUCUCGCUCCGGACGCAGCCCUGGACCCAUACCAUCGAAGUCCUAGACACUCUUUGGUACCAGAAAUAAGACCAGCCAGAAACUCAAUAACACCAGAAUCUGCUUUGAGGAAUAAUCUCCCACCGACCAGAAAUAACCUGGGCGUUGAACAGGCUUAUGGAUCUAGGCUAAGUUUGAACCCUCAAGAUUUUAACAGAUCUCCAAGAAAUAGCAUUACGCCAGAUUCCGCAGCGAGAACUCCAAGAAGAAGUCUGGUACCUGAAGGCACGUCAUGGAAUCAACCAAGAAACUCCUUAGUACCCAAUGUUGGUAGAAGUCCAAGACAUUCAGUCGCUAGUAUACAAUUGGACCCAGCUCGCAGCCAAAGAGAAUUAGGACCUAGUCCAAGAACUAGUCCCAGAGGAAGUAUAGCUCCUGAAGCUUUAAAAAAGGAACUAUCAGAGUUUAACCGAAGUCCACGCGGAUCUCUGAUUCCUGAUCCACAAAGGAGUCCCAGAGGCAGUAUUGCACCAUCUGAGAGAAGCGCCAGAGGCAGUCUGGUUGCUGCAGACAUUGAGGCUUCUAGGGUCAGUCCUAGAGGUAGCUUGACGUUAACCUUUCAAGAACCACUUAUAUCUAAAGAACGACGGGCGAGCGUCGAAAGCCAAGCAGCAAGUACUCGGGGUCGCAGUGUGUCGCCGUACAGAGCCUCCGUUAGCGGAAAACUGGAUACCGGAUCUCGUCGCGCUUCCAGUUCUGUGAGUCAGGUUUCCGGAGAUGAGCAGCGACGCCUGUGCGGUGAGCAAGCUAAGUAUAGCGACCGAAGUGGCCUGGGUUUGGGAGUGGGACUCACCACGUACGGCUCCGUGGCCUAUCAGCUCAAAGAUGCCAACAUGGAGGCAUCAGGGACCGUCGACUUCGUGUGCAGAGCUGCUAAAAUUAUGAAUAGGACCAUUCUAAUGACAGUGUUCCUGGCCUUCCUCUCUACUAUUCCAGUCAUCAUGUUAAUAAUGGGUGUACAAUACAUCCGCGACUGUCCUGCGGAACCUCGUCUGCCGGUCUACAUGGUGGUGGGUGGUGCAGCUGGUGGGCUUGGCAUCUGUUGGCUGCUUUGGGCACAGCUGGCUAGCAGGAGUUCCAACUCUUCAGCCAGUGUGCCUGAGAGAGUGUUGGCGUACACCUUGACUGUCUUCUUGAUGGGAUGGUUCGCUUUCGGAAACUACUGGACCCUCGGCAUCAUGUGGCCGGACUACGCCCCAACACUCUUCGAGCCCAACCAGUGGUGUCACAAGACAUUGUAUGUGUUUGCACUAACUCAGCUGGGUGUCGUGUGGGGAAUUAUAGCGCUUAUCAUCUUGCUGUUACUGUCGUUAAUCGUCUGCCAGGUCUUCGGCUGCGGGUGGCUUGGACCUCCGCGCUACAAGUAGCAACGGCGUAGCGUCGUGCUCGAGCUGUGGCACAGAAACAUUAACAACACCAUGGACGUUGCCGGCGCUCUGCUGCCCUUCACCCAGCUCGUCAGGCCAGAGCUCACCAUCCACGUCCAGGAAGUGCUCACUCAGGCCGACAAGAACGAGAGGAUCCCCGAGAUACACGAACCAUGUGACAGUGACGAAGUGCGCAAGAGUCCCAAGAACAACCCAAAGAACCCAGCCUGAUGGUUGAGAGUCGUGGUGCCCAAGAAACGUGUGCAUUUCAAAUCUGCGGACGUUA